GAGAAACAUCUGCGGCGCCUGGAAACUCAAACCAGAAACAAAAGCCCGAGAGUUUCGUGUGGGAUUAUUAAAGCGUUCGGCGAGCGGGCUGAGGGAAUAGUUGACAUGGCGCGGAAGAAGAGCAAGCAGCAGCCGCAGCAGCAGCAGGCCGGGGCGGUGAAUAAAGAGCAGAGCGGGGCGAAGAGCGCUGGAGAUGCGGCGCCAGCAGCAGCCAGGAGCAGCCAGUCGGUUCACACCUGCUGUUUGCUCUGCCACCGGGAGUUUAAGGACUGGGGCUCGACCAACGGACUCCCGAGCCACGGCGCCAAGCCGUCCGAGGCCGUCCCGGCGCUCUCGCAGGCCCUGCCGAAAGACGCGCCCGGACGCAAGCUGGCGGACGCCGUGCCCUCGCUGUCGCAGUCGCUGCUGGGCGAGGUGCCCCUGUGGAUCUGUCAGAGCUGCCGCAAGAGCGUCGAGGAGGAGGAGAGGAGGGCCGCGCAGGAGCAGAGCGCGCCGGUCCCCCUGUCCCACUCGUCCUCGUGCAAGUCGCAGACCUGCGGGAACGGUUACCCCGAGCAGAGCUCCGUAGACUGGGACCCCAGCUCCUUCCUGUCGGCCCGAAAACUCUCGGGCCUGUGGAACUCCGCGCACACGGGCACGGGCGCUCACUGCACCCACAACAACGCUACGCACUCUCAGCAAGCGGGAGGAACGGCGGGACCAACCUGUCACGAUAAGCGCUCGUCCCACGAGGCCGCCGGGACCAAAGUAUGUCCCUACAGUCACCCAGCGCCCCCUAGUGCCACGUCCAUUACUACACCACUUUCUACCUCUGCUGAGAUCUGCAAGACCUCAGCCAAGCACUUCAAAAGCAUGUGCAGGAGGCCGACUCCUCCAGGCGAAGCAUUCCACCCGAACGAGCAGCACCAGCCGUCGGCGGACCUUUCCGUUCCACCCAACAGCCCGACGGGCCUCUCGUCCCAGAACUCGUCUCUGCCGCUCCCCACCAAGCCCACGUCUAACCAGCACGCUCCGUUCCCCUCGCUGGCACCCAGCCUCGGCGCCAAGCACUCGGGCGGGCAGGACAAACCCAGCGCCUGCAAAAACGCCAAGUUGAACUCGUCCGUGAUGGGCUGCAGUCACCCCUGCAACGGGCACAACGGCGGCGGCGGCAGCAACGGCGCCACCGCAACCUCCGCCGACUCGGGUCAUCUAACAACCAGCACAUGCAGGGAGCAGGCAUGUAAAGGGCACAAGCUAGUAAACGGUUCAUCAUGCCAGCAGGCAGCGUGCGAGCUGGAGGACCCCGAGGACGAGGACAGCGGCUCCGAGCGCAGCUCCUGCGCCUCGUCGACCAACCAGCGCGACGGCAAAUACUGCGACUGCUGCUACUGCGAAUUCUUCGGCCAUAACGCCCCCCCCGCCGCCCCCACCAGUCGCAACUACGCCGAGAUCCGAGAGAAGCUGCGCUCCAGGCUGACCCGGCGGAAAGAGGAACCGCCUCAGAGGCCGGACCUGGACCCGGCCUUAACGAGCGCCAUCGAUCACCGCGACGUGGACGAGCUGCUCCACUUCAUCAACGCCACAGAACCCAAACGCGUCAACAGCGCCAAGGCUGCCAAACGGGCCCGGCACAAACAGAAGAAGAAGGAGAAGGAGCGCGCCCUCCAGGUCUGCAGCGAUCAGCAUUCUUCAUCUCCCCAGCCCGAGCAGACGGAGGAGGCGGAGGACGAGGAGCACGUCCCGGACGGCGAGGCCGGCCGUCUCCUGGAGUGGCCUCAGCUGGAGCUGGAGCGCGUCAACAGCUUCCUCACGUCACGCCUGGAGGAGAUCAAGAACACCAUCAAGGACUCCAUCCGCGCCUCGUUCAGCAUGUACGACCUCAACCUGGACGUCAGCGACUUCCCCAAGAAGGCCGCCUCGCUGGAGGGCCAGCGCCUGCUGCCUCACCUGAACGGCUCGGCCAACGAGCCGCAGCAGAUCGACCUGGACCUGGCGCCGCUCUCCUUCAAGAACUUCAAGAAGAGCGUCCAGAUACUCAACGGCCUCACCAGCGACUGCAGCACCAACAACAUCAGCAACAGCAUCGCCGCCGACACCGUCAGCGACGUUUCCACCCCGACUGUCCCCCCCGCGACCGACGACGUGCCCAAACCCAGAGACGAGACCAAGAACACCACGGGCGCCGGCGCCAAGACGAAGAAGGGCAAGAAGAUUCAGCGUCUGCAGCACCAGCAGCAGCAGGACCAGCACCCCCAGGAGCAGCACGCCAACUAUAAAUCCACUAAAGCACCCGGAAACCAGGAGAAAACCCCAGAGCCCGACAAGGUCGCCAAGGGAGGGUCCAAAACCAUCCAGCAGCACGCGGAGAGUCAGAAAACCGGAAACAGAAAAGCAGAGGAGGGUAAACCAGCCUUUAAAAACGCCACCGCCAUUUCUAAUGGGAGCCAUCAUUCGGGAUCGAACGCGCACAGAGGGAAGUACGACGGCGACGCCCGGGGGAACAAAUCGGAGCACGAGGUGUACGGGAAAAACAACGCCAACACUCCGAGUAACGCUCAGAACUCACAGCAGCAGCCGAGGGGUAAAAAUAAGAAGAACAGGAGCAAGACGGAUAAGUCCAGCAGUGCUAUAGAUGACGUGUUCCUCCCUAAGGACCUCGAUCCAACCGAGAUGGAUGAGAUUGAUCGUGAGGUUGAAUACUUUAAGAGGUUUUGCCUGGAUUCGGCUAAACAGACGCGACAGAAAGUGGCCGUGAACUGGUCAAACUUCAGCCUGAAAAAGAUGCCGUCGAACGCGGCGCAGUAACGCACACACACACACACACACACACACACACACACGUACGGAACGAUGGUAACCGAGAACCCCAACUUCCCGACAGACUCUGCCCGGCAAGCCACUGUAGUCCUCAUCCGAUUGGUCCGUCUCCGCCCCGUCUGUCUUUACAGCUCACGGGAUUCGGUUAUGUCUAACCGUCCGGCUGAGCUCGUUUUUUUACUGUAUGGAGGUGAUCAUCGCUCAUGUCCUGGUUUUAUUUGUAGUGUGUAAAUAAUUAUUUUACAAUAAAAAGGUUUUAAAUCCAAAAA